AGAGUUAUCUGGGCCUUGUUUGCGGUGUAGACACUUUGCGGAACAGCCAACAUGUCAGCCUGGGUCUGCUGAUUCGCCGUGCUGGUGUCUCAAAUAUCACCUUCUUGUCGGGCAGUGUUUAGCUUCGAGGGCUUGUCCAAGGUAUAAAAGGGUUGACAAUUCCCUCACAACAUCUGGAAAUCAUUAUCAACUUCAAUCAUCCUCAAGAUCACCAGCAUUCCUCUUCAGCCAUCUUCAAGAUACGUAUACUUUCGAGUCUCAUCAAAUCUUCAAAAUGUUCAAGCUCGCUACACUCGCCGUUGCUGUCAUUGGCACUCUUGCCCCGAUGGUCGCUGCCGACAACUGCAAGACGGGCCUCAACUACUGCGGUUAUAACCUUCUCGCUAUCGGAAGCUAUGGCAACCAGGUAAACCAAGCCCUUAGCAACGCGGGGCAACCCACCGACGAUGCUCAUUCCCGCGAAUCUAUUUUCCACUGCAAUGGAGGAGCCAACGGCGACAUUACCUAUACCAAUUAUUGCUCCGGAGGCUGCCAGGAUGGUGGGUCUGGCAACAGUGAUUACUGCUAGACUUGUUGUUCUGGGGUGCGAAAAGCGCUAUGCACGUACUCGAGCAUUGCUUUUUGAUUCCUGGCUCGCCGAAAUGAUUGGC